AUGAUUUUAAAUACUUUCAAAAUUCGGUGUUCUCUACCGUUGAAAAGGAUACCAGCUAGUUUACGAACUUAUCGCGUUAUGGCCAUAGAAUCGUCGUGUGACGAUUCUUGUGUUGCCUUGCUUGAAAAAUCUCAUCCCGAUACUCCACCCAAAAUAAUAGAUCAAUUUAAACGGACACUACAUUCUGCUGAUAUAGGCGGUAUAUUACCCACAGCAGCUUAUAAUUAUCAUAUGGCAACCAUCGCCAAUAUGGUUCAAGAAUUUUGCAGUAAACAUCAAAUAUCAGCAUUGAACCCUCCCGAUUUACUUUGUGUUACUAGAGGUCCAGGAAUGGCGGGAUCUUUAAGUACUUCAACCGAAUUUGCCAAAGGAUUAUCUGUUGCAUGGGGUGUUCCAUUAAUUGGAGUUCAUCAUAUGUUAGGCCAUUUGUUGACUGCAAAUUUGCCAAAACUGGAGCAACCAGAUUCACCACCACCAAAGUAUCCAUUUUUAAGUUUAUUAUGUAGUGGUGGACAUACUAUGCUUGUGUUACUGAAAUCAUUAACUGAACACGAAAUUGUUGUAAAUGUUGGAGAUAUAGCCGUGGGAGACUCAUUGGAUAAAUGUGCUCGUGAAUUAGGAAUGUAUGGGAACAUGUUAGGUAAAGAAUUGGAAAAAUACAUAAACUCUAUUCCAGAAGAAACUAGAAAUAGAUAUGAAAAAUUAAGUGUAAACACAAGAAUUGCCAAUCCAUACAAUUUUAGGUUAACUCUACCUUAUUCAGCACCCAAAUAUGGUAUUCCAGAAGAUGUGAAAUUUGCAUUUUCUCAUUUUCUAAGUAACAUUCAGGAAUACAAAGCAAUGCAUUAUAAUAAAAGCGGAGGUGGUGAGAUAGACGUGGCAUUGGACGAAGAGACUAAACAAUUUAUUGCAUACAAAACACAGGAAUUUAUAUUUGAUCAUAUUGUUGAUAGAAUAAAUAUCGCAUUCAAGAAACAUGGCAUUAAAAAUAGAAAUAGUGAUGGCACAUUUAUUGGGGUUAAAGACUUUAUCUGUUCUGGUGGGGUUGCUGCAAAUAAACGACUUCGAGAGAAAUUACGAGAAAAUCUUGAUUUUCAAGAGAUAGGUGCCGACAAUGUGAAUUUUCAUUUUCCAGAUUUAUCAUUAUGUACUGAUAAUGCGAUAAUGAUUGGAGCUGCUGGCAUAGAGAUUUUUGAAAAAUUACGUUUGAGAACUGAUCUCAGUUUUUUACCUAUAAGAAAAUGGCCAUUAAACAAAUUAUUAGAUGUUGAUGGGUGGGUUAGAGUAGAAGAAGAAGAAUUUAAUAGAAUUUGUAAAUAUUAA